AUUGUCCUUUCAUACUGAAAUUUCGUAAAAUUCGAAUAUGAACAUCAACUCUUAUUCUCCGCUAGAUUUGUCCUCGACUGAAGAAGUAGUCGAAACGCUACAACGCCACACUCGUCCAUUGGGCAACGGGGCUGUUGGGGUUGAUUUCAGAUUGUUGUCGGUACCAAAUUUGAAAAAUUCAGAAGUUUACAAGAUGCUUUCCGAGGAAGAGCCGCAACUACGUUACAUGCACCGGCAACAGAUUUCAGCGGUUACUUCGGAAUUUUCAGAAAGGAAACGUGUCGCUUGGCCACCGCCAGCCAAUCCAAUCGAAACGAUUGAAACACGCAAGUACGGAUACGACAACGGAACGAUUGGAAUUCCGAUCCAGCAGCAGCAGCAGCAGCCCAACCCUUAUACAACUUUCCAGCCGCAAAAUCAAGAAGCCUACAUUUCUCCGCCGACGAAACAACUGCCAAAUGUUUUCUUUCCCCCGAAACAACAAGACUACGAUUUAAUCCCCCAGAAGCUGUACGAGCUGUAUCAAAAUCGACCGGAAGACUUGCCGCUAAAUCAGCCAGUCAUAAAGCAGCAAAGUCCUAAAGUUCCGCCACCGCCUCCGCCACGAGUUCAUCGAAAACCGAUUCUUCGUUCCUAUUCGGACGCCCAGGAUCCAUUUGUCACGUCGGGCGGAAGUGAAUUCGAACGGUAUUCUGACACCCCUCAUCAGCAGCACAGCGCUACUCAACCUGAACGGGAGCCAAGCCACGAGGAAAAAUCAAUCAGAAUGUCAUCACGCAGAAUGCCAGAACCUUUCGCCUCCAACGAAUUGGUCGGAGAAAGAAUGUUGAUUGCCAAGCCAGCUCCGCCAUCGGGACUCUUGCUUCGGCCAGCCGCAGUCAAGAAAUCGGCCGGUUCUUUCUACAAAGAAGCUCCUACCGUCAGAACAGAGUCCUUUUUCAGGCGGGGCACUACUCCCGUUCGCAUGUUGGGAGAUAUGGUGUGGCCUCCUAAAGGCUUAACCAGCACUACAGACGUGCAACAGUUACCUACGCGAUCCCCUGGCGCAGUCCGUCGUCAACCUAAGAAUUACCGGGACUUUUUCUCGCAAAAUCAGUUGCCCGCCAACUUUCCAACUUACCGUGCGCCACCCGGAACACAACAUUUUGGAUUAGAGGAAGGAGAGAAUGCAACACCUAUGUAAAUUAACUGGGGGGAAAAAACGAAAAAAUUAUUUUAAUCAUUAUCUAACACUUUGCCGUCCUAUCCAGUUAAAAAAAAUUCUUCUUGACGAAAAUGGAAGAAAAAAGGGGAUGCGUUUUUUAAAAAUUUUGAAUUAUUAGAUCAGUUUUUUCCGUGAAGCCCAGCAACAACCCGAGUGCUUUCUAUACUGUUGUACGCUCAGAAUUGUUCAAUCCGGAACGAAUUUUUAUCGCAUGAACCGUGCGCUUUGUGAUACACCGCAAAACCAACAAAAAAAUAAAAAUAAAACAAAAUUAAUAAAGAAUUAAUAAAGAAAUAAAAAUGUUCCUUAAAAAAAAACAAUUAUUUUCCAGGUUUUUCCCUUUCUUAAAUCCUACUAAUAAAAACUAAAGCGAUUUUCCAAUCUGCUUAAUUCUCCCAUACAGGCCUUGGUCCAUUCGCCUUCAUUAACCAAUUCAAUUCAAGCCUAUUUUUUAAUGUAUUUUGAAUUUCAUGCAAAUCUUUAACGACUUUCAAUACACCCACAAAAUCUGAAAAUAUA